CUCUCCUCGGGUAUGUAUCCUUGUUAAGAUGCAUACCCGAGGAGAGCAUAUUUGGAGUUUGAUAUGCAACCUUGUUGGGCACAUAUUUGGAGUUUGAUAUGCAUCUGUUGAGCAUAUAUUUGGAGUUUGACGUAUUUGGAGUUUGACGACUUAAUUAAGUAAACUACGGUGCGAAGCCAUAUAUCGGCCUAGAGGUAUAUAGACUACACUAUGCCUAUGCAGCGUACUUCUAGAAUACUUUCGUUUCUUUUCCGACGGGUGCUACUGCGAUUGUUCUACACCCCUUAUUAUUCUUGAGGACUUUUCCAGUAUUUUAGGCUUCUAUUCUCGACAAGUUGUCCUGCGAGAGUCCUAUUUCUCUUCUUCUUCAUUUUUUUUACAACUUCUCGGAAAGCGAAUGAAAUGGCAGUCCCGAAAGGUCAAGCGAGGGCGCUACGGCAGGCUUUGAACGAGAAAGCUGCCAAGUCAUUUGGGAUUGCAAUCGGAUCUCUCAUCGCUCUCUUUAUACUCAGUCACUGGGCACGAUACUUCUUCCAUCGGUAUAGUAACGGAAGUCGAAGCUCAGCCACGGUAGCCAUGAUAAGGCUUAGGAGAAUCAGAUCCCUCCUUUCAAGGAGGUUCUUCAAACAGAUAUCAGUUGGCCGUAUUCUACUCUACAUUUUAUUCUGGGGAAUCAACGUCAUUCUGUCAUGCACAAACGUAGACUUGACCAAUCUCCUCUAUGUCGCAAAACACCAAGGCUGGGUUGCGCUAUGCAAUCUAGCCUUUGUCAUUUUCCUCAGUUUGAAAAACACGCCAUUAGCUAUUCUCUCCGCCACUUCCUACGAGACCUUGAUGCCGCUCCAUAAGGCGGCGGGAUAUACAUGCAUAGUCGCAUCUUUGGUCCAUGCCAUCGUCUAUCUGGAAGCUUGGGCACAAGUUGAUCCUCUACAUAACAUGCUGGAGCCCGCCCCGAUCGCAGGAAUGAUAGGUGGCGUUGCAAUGCUUCUCAUUGGUGUAUUGGCUUUGCCAUAUAUUCGCCGCCAACACUAUGAGUUAUUCUACGCUAUACAUGUCAUACUGUCAGUCAUCAUUUUAAUAGUCGUCGCAUUGCACGUGCCAAACCUCAGCAGCCGUGCCAUCAUUAUCACCCUUUUUGCAGCUUCUUUGUCAUUCAUGGAUCGCGCCAUCCGCGUUUUGAAAUUCUCUUGCAACUUCAUGGGUAACCAUGCGGCGCUCACCGCGCUACCGAAUGGUGCUACUCGAGUCACACUUCGCCAAUCAUCGAAGGCGAUUCCCGGCUCGCAUGCCUUCUUGUGGUUGCCUGCUAUCCGUCUUGUAGAGACACACCCCUUUACACUCGUUUCCUCGGACCCUGCAGAGUUUGUCGUGUUCUCUCGCGGUGGAUUCACGUCUGCAUUGCACAAGUAUGCGAAAGAGUUUCCUGCGAAGACUUUGAGAUGCUCGCUCAACACAGGUUAUGGGAAAUUCCCUGACUUCAAGACUUACGACAGCAUCUUAUUAAUUGCCGGUGGUAGCGGUGCAAGCUUUACCUUUGCAGUAGCUUUGGACCUUUGCAGGAACCCAGGCCCCUGUCCAUCUGGUAGUAUUACUUUUGUCUGGGUUAUUAGAGAUAAAGCUUCUAUCUCGUGGUUCCAUGCGGAACUUCGUGAACUCCACCUCGACCCACGUAUCAAAGUUAUGAUACACGUAACUAACAACGUCGAGUCUUCUGCACUGGUCUCCUUAUCGGGAUAUUCUGAGAAGGACAGUCCUGCAACCGCAGAAGAGUCUAGUCAGACUUCGCUCCCAACUAUGGCAUCUGGUGACUCAGAAAAAGCCAUUGAGCUUGAGCAAAUGGCAGCGUCGAAAAAGCCUGUCGAUCCGGAGAAAGGCAUGGGUUAUGAUGUAGGAGAGGCAUCCAGCAGCACCGUUGCAACCUUCACAGGGCGCCCAAAUAUUCCUGCACUGAUGAGAAGUCUCGUCGACAAUGAAGAUACCACGAAGAGAGUUAUUGUUGGCGCUUGUGGGCCUGCGGGGUUGCUGGAGACGGUGAAGGACACCACAUCGCGAUGCAUACGGCCCUAUGGCCCAUCUUUCACUUUGCAUACCGAGGGGUUUGAAUGGUAGACGCACAUAUAUGUACAUGUCCUUUUAUGAGUUUUGAUUGAUGAAUAACGGAGGAAGGAGGUGAGCAUAUAUAGUUUAGAAGGGCGGUUCAAGGUAUGAGGGAGGACACAAGUGGCAAAUAUGGUGAUGCUACCCUUUGUAUGGGAUCUUUUGCAUGGGAACUGUUUUGUUUUUAUUACAAUCACGACAGCAUUUGAACAUUACUAUUUACGACGAAUAUUUAUAAAGACAAGAAAUAUCAUAUAUCAUGUGUUUACGCCUGAAUGGG